UCGCAGAACCUGCUGCCCACCAGCACGCCGCAGGAGGCCCAGCAGUGGCUGCACCGAAACCGCUUCUCCACCUUCUCUCGGCUCUUCAGGAACUUCUCAGGUGCAGACCUGCUGAAGCUCACCAGGGAGGACGUGAUCCAGAUCUGCGGCCCCGCGGAUGGCAUCAGGCUCUUCAACGCGCUCAAGGGCCGGAUGGUGCGGCCCAGACUGACCAUCUACGUGUGCCAGGAGUCCCAGCAGCUGAGGGACCUCCAGCAGAAGCAUGAGGAUGGGGACACAGUGACCAGCACCUUCUUUGUGUACCAUGCCAUCUACCUGGAGGAGCUGACAGCAGUGGAGCUGACCGAGAAGCUGGCCCAGCUCUUCAGCAUCUCCUCCCAACAGAUCAGCCAGAUCUACAAGCAGGGGCCCACGGGGAUCCACGUGCUCAUCAGUGACGAGAUGAUCCAGAACUUCCAAGAUGAAUCCUGUUUCGUUCUGGACACCAUGAAAGCUGAGACCAAUGAGAGCUACCACAUCAUCCUGAAAUAG